AUGGAUUUCGGGAAGGUUUUUGGUAGAGGCGAUCCGUCUAAGAAGACAGAUGCUGUGUUGGCUUACAAUGAGAGAAGAUUUUACCAGAUGGCGACAUUCUACGGCUUUACCCUGGCAACAUACAUUGCGUCCAAGAUUGCGUAUAGAGGAGUCAUCAAGAGAAGGUACAAUCCUACUUUCUACCAGCAUAACCAUGUCCCACCUAAAUUCAACUUCUACAAGGAUGCAAUGGUUGCGGUCACGCAUGCGUCUUUGCUAGCUGUCACCUCGAUGGGUAUGAUAAUCUCAGGCGGGUUCUGGUAUUGUGACAUUUCCAACGUCAAGGAAUUUACGAGCAGAAUGAAGGUUUUCCUAGGAGGAUAUGAGGCUGAGAAGCAAUUGAAGGCUAUGCCUGAGGAUGAGGAGACUAAGCAAAUCACAGAUUCACUUGAUAGUAUACUAAAUGGCAAUAUACUAGAUGCCUUUGAAGAUACCGAAAAGAAAGACAAAUAG